AUGCGGACAGUUGCCGACCCCGAGCUGCCGGAUGACAAAGAAGAAAGACUGUUUUUCACAAUGAUCAACUGCGAUGUUUCCAGCAUCACAGAACUCAAGCGCAUCACGCAGCUGGAGAUGGAGGGCUGCAUCGACAAAGAAGGUUUGAAAGAAUUCACAAAGGGCGGCGGAGUGCUGGAUCCUGCGGCGCAGUUGAAGAUUGUGGACUUCACAGGGAGGGCUGGGGCUGAGAAGUUGGCCAACGCAGCCGGAUCGGGGCAAGUGGACGCAAAGCAGGGCAAAGGGGGAAAGCCGAAAAAGGAAAAAGGGGAGAGCGGAUCUGUCCCAAAACAGGUGAACCACGCAUUCCGGCUACAGCCGCUGAAAAUGAGCUCAGAUUUGAUCAGCCAGCUCUUGGCUGUUGGGGUGAAAUUGGAAUCCCUGGCAAAUCAGCUUCAAGAAAACAUCAAGAAGGGCAAGGACAAGAACCGCUACUACGUUACCAUUCUUACGGAGGUUGACAAGUAUUCGCGGAUGGCUCGUGAGCGAAUAGAGCUGGGCAAGGCUUUGGUGCGGGCGGCCGAGAAGGCUGCGAACCCCAAGGCUAAGCCUGCUGCCAAACCAGCAAAGAAUGCCACAGGCGAGCCAGCCUAA